UCAUAAGCAGGUUUUUCAACCAGUUUUCAAAAAUAUACACAUGAGGAUAUUUGAUAGUAUCUGAUCAAUGAAUAGUAAUUCACGAAAUCCCAGAUGUCUAUAAGAGUAUUCCAAACUGCGGAAGGGGUCCCUCUCUCCAUACUAUCACUCGUCAAUAAACCAACAUGAUACAACCGACUUCCUUGUAUAAAUAUGGAACUCGCAUCAUUUUAUAUGUAUACAUUGUGUGCCUUGACAGUUUAGGUAAUUGUCUGAACUUUAAAGUGCUUAAGAGUUCUUCCUGUGCGUUGCUAAUUUGAGAGCUUGAACUGCACGUGCGUUUUCUCUGAGAGGUCCUUCGAUCAGCAAAGGCUUUUACGACAACCAACAAAACUGUAUCUACUACAUGUCUAACACAAGGAUAGUGAAGAUCAAUGAAGUAUGUAUGUGGGACAUGCAUCUGAUUAAAAUCUGAGUAUGCAACGCAACAACGGAAUUUAAAGGAGCCGAAAAAAAAAAAGUAAGGAAAGGGUUGUACAGUUGACAUAAUUGGAGAAAUCCGGUGGUUAUUAGUGUAUGUUGUUUGUACAUAUUUCAAACAUUACACCGUUAUUCACGAGGAGCGGAUUGGACUUACGCAGUAUCGUGAUUUAUUCAAGCGAGGCGGUGGGUGUUAGCAAACAGUAGUAUCAACAAUGUCGACGAGAGAGGCGGACUAGCUCACCGUGAUAGUUACAUCGGACUUCCUGAAUACGCUAUACCUUGAGAAAGUGGACAGUGUUUGUUAUAUAACGAAUCUACAUCUUGUUCCAUCAUCAAAGCAUGGGAAAGGAAGAAGAAUUGUUAAAGACAAUACACAACAACGAUGAGAAAAAAUUACAGAAACUCUUACUUCCGGAAAAGGAAUUCCAAAUCCGAAAGGUAGAUGUACCAACAUCCGGUACCCUGGGGGGUCGGAUUCGGAUGCAGGUGGUACACGUGGACAUCAACUGUCAGGAGAAUGGCACGGGAUACACACCGCUCAUCAUCUCCGUCCUGAAUGGUAAUAAAGAAAUUAUGGAGACAUUACUAUUUUACUCCGCCAGCGUUAAUCUCGCCGAUCAGAAAGGGAACACGCCUCUUCACUUGGCAGCUUUUAUGGGAAGACUGGAUCUUGUGUAUAUAUUGUUGCGAAACAAUGCAAAGGUUAACAUCCAGAAUAGUGACGGUAACACACCACUGCACGUGCUAUGCCAGAGUCGAGCAGACGAUAGCUUACAACUCAUACACACCCUAUUACGAACUGAUACUGAUACCACUUUAAUCAACAAAAAUGGCGAAUCACCAUUAGACGUGGCUGCUAUGUACAAUAGAAAAGACCUUGUGUCAUGUUUGAUGGAUAGUGACGUAUGCAUGACCGGAAACACGUCCGCCAUUAUUGAGUCCGCCAUUAGAGGUCACACAGAUAUUGUACAGUUACUGCUGGAUUUCGGAGUCAAUCCUAACUGUAUUGACAAAGAUCGCAAAACGUGUGCAUUACACGAAGCCACCAGGUUUCUGAGAAUGAAGGUGGCUGAGGAACUGUUGAAGUAUGGCGCUGAUCCAGAAAAAGAAAAUUCAAUGAAAGAGACUCCUUACAGUAUAGCAUCUCAACUUCCUUCUACAAAAUCAGCGGAUUUCAUGAAAUUGUUCGAAGAGUACAAAGGGAAAGGCCCAACAGUCAUGCCGAAGUUCCUUAAGGUUUCGUCAGGGAAGCCGAAUUUAGAGGUCAAAGAUUAUCCUUUGAUUGAAACCGAUCCGUCCUGGACAAAAAACAGUCCUGAUUUUUGUAACGCCUGCACAGCAAACAGCCCCAAUACUAAUUUGCUAGACGGAAACCUCCGUAGUUUUUGGGUGAUACCAGCUGUGACGGAGGCGUGGUCAGUCUUUGACUUUCACAGUGCCCACACUAUAACGGGCAUUUUCAUUUAUGGUUGGUCAAAUCCACAAAUGAUUAAAACUUUUGAACUACAAACAGCAGAGGAUGUCAGAGGACCGUGGACCACAGUUAACGUGUUCAAUUGUGCCUUAAAAGGCAGUCAAAAUGCCAAAGAUCCGGGGGUUCCUCAGAAAUUUACUGGUUUUACUUCAACGUCCCAGUUUUGGAGAAUAAACAUCAUCUCUAACCACGGUGGCCAGUGCAUGUGUUUUCAGGCCGUGGAAUUUCACGGCACCGAUCACCAGGUCACCGUAUUCUUCGAGCAAUUAAAUUUACAGAAAUAUACGGAUGCCGUAAUUAAAGUGGGAUAUAAUAAUUAUAGAAAAUUUCUUCUUGCCGACGAAACUAAACUACGAGAACUGAUUGAAGACGAGUCAGACUUUAACACAGUGAUUCAGGAAUUAACGAGAUGCAAGCGAAAAGAAUUUGUAUUAACAACAUUAAAGUGGGAGAAACCACCUGUGCAGCAUAUAGAUGUAGGAGAAAAUCUACCAAACGUUGUUGUAAAGGGAGACUAUGGCUGCACAGAGUCCGUGGAACUCUUUAUAAAGGAUGGUAGAAAAGAACCCCUCAGCAAAUCCAGAGUCCAGCUUUGUUCUAAUGGAAGUACAUCACCGAAAUAUUCCACAGCCGUGUUUAAAGAUGUAAUAUUAGAUACAGUUGGAACUUUUGAGUUGUGUGUACGAGGAAUGGAGCACCCGGAAAUAAUUCUACCCAGCCCACACACAGUGGAGAUAAAACCUAAGAAUAAAUUGACAAGAGAAGUUGAGAGGUCAUUUCAGGACUUAGAGGACAUGCUGGAGGGUCUACAAGACUUAUGACGCCUGCAACAACUCAACACGUGUGAAAAUAACGGGCAAAACACCCAUUCAAACAAUCUAAAGAUAUAUUCUUUGGCGGGGAAGGAUACAGUGUACCUGCACAUUUGAAAAAAAAAUUAUAUUAAAAUCAACAUUUUUGUGAUUGCCGCCAUUUUCCCUGGUCGUUAUACUAAUUUGAAGUUAGCUCCCUUACCAUAUCUGUGAUACUGCAGUUAGAAUUUAGAGAGAGAGAGAAAGAAAGAGAGAGAGAGAGAGAGAGAGAGAGAGAGAGAGAGAGAGAGAGAGAGCAGGCCCGUACCGAGGGGGGGGGGGUGCAAACACACGCCCCUGUGAAAACCAUUAAGCACUAUUAAAGUCGGCUGUGUAAAUCAUCAAGCACUAUUAAAGUCAAAUAUUUUCUAAAAUCCCUAGCUUUUACUUUCACAGUAAGGAAUAUGCACCCCCCAUUGAAAAAGUCUGGGUACGGGCCUGGAGAGAGAGAGAUGUACAACAUUGUCUAUAUAGGAAAUAUUGCGCUUCAUGAAGUAUGUCCGUGUGAAGUGUUACAGUUAAAACCCACAUGGACGUGUAUUUUCAAAAAAAAAAAAAAAAGGGAAUCUAUUUCUUGUAUUUCCAUUCUACAUGUUUCUUCAUUUCUGUCGGAAUCCCAUUCGUUAAAAGAGACAUCCUUGUACUAUAUUUAUCAAAUAGUUAUGUAUUCCAUAGGUGGAUCCAGGAAUUUGUUAAGGGGAGGGGGGUCUAGCACUGUACAUCUAACACAACCUCCACCCCUACUCCCGUGUACACGUUAACCUCCACCCCUACUCCCGUGUACACGUUAACCUCCACCCCUACUCCCGUGUACACGUUAACCUCCACCCCUACUCCCGUGUACACGUUAACCUCCACCCCUACUCCCGUGUACACGUUAACCUCCACCCCUACUCCCGUGUACACUUUAACCUCCACCCCUACUCCCGUGUACACGUUAACCUCCACCCCUACUCCCGUGUACACGUUGCUGGUGUACAUAACAUCUUAAGAAGAUCAUCAAACAUUUUUUAUACAGGAAGAUGUUUUAGUUUUACUACUUGUUUCUAAAGUUCUAAUCAUUCUUAUCUCCAUACUCGGGCCUUAUUUCGCAAUGGAGGAAAAAAAAGAGAAAAAAGAAGCUAAUUUAAAUGUUACUCUCAAUGGGCUGGGGGGCCCAGAAGCUCUGUGUUAAAUGGUUCAAAUUCCUGUAUUUUGAGCAUUUAUUGGCACUUCUUUUUUCACUUUCAGAUUGUCUACUUCUUAAACAAACUUUUGUGUUACAUAUACUAUUUGAGAAAAUAUCGUAAAUAUAUAUCAGUGGUCUUAUGUAUCGUAGAAUUAAAUGAUAUACUGGUGUUGAUAAAGAGUGAUGUACAUGUAAGUACCCGCUGAGACUCAAAGACUCGUUAAAAUUAAAUAAAUCUUUAACUAUCUGGUCCGCAAAAGGGGGAUAUGCACCCCUUCUGGAUCCGCCCUUGUAUUCUUUCGCUUAUUGUUUACAACUGCAGCACGUUCAUGAAAAAAUGGAUAGUAUUAUACUUUAUGAAGAUAUCGAGGGCAAAAAGAAAACAAAUGUAAAUAUUAAUGGAUCCAAGUCUAUGAAAACAUCACGUUUCCUAUACUGUACAUGUAUAUACACCUUUUCCCUUCCGAUAUUCGUUACAACUCAAACUAUGCAGUAUUUUAAACCACCCAUUCCCCAUACAGUGUAUCAAAUAUAAAUUUUGUUCUUAUCGUUUUUGAUGUUCGUACAAUUUGCGAUUUUUGCCAUAGUGAAUCCACAUGACUAGCAGGCGUAGAAGAAACCUUAUAAUUUGUUUGUCAGGCUAUUCUCUUGUUGAUUAAACCUUAUAAUUUGUU